GCACAGCCCGCCUCGCCCGGUUAUGUCACCCGUGCUCAAAACAAAGUUGGGAAAGUGGUUUCAGCCUUUCCGCGGUCUCGCCUGCAGCCCGGGGAGCGCCGGCCGGGCCAGCCCGAGGGGCCGGCGCCUGCGGGAGGUGUUUUUCCUCCUUGACCUCUGCUGAGCUCCCUUACCUUGAAAUAAAUUGUUUCAGAUCAGAAUUUAUGGGUAAAUGGGAUAGCAGCAUCCCAGGAUAUUCCUGAGCUGAGAUUGUAACCAUGGACAGAAUAAAAGGAGACUGUGCCAGUCAUGUGCAACAAGGAGACACAGAGGGGAGCAGGACUGGAGAACAAGACCCAGAACUAACUGUGUUGGGAAAAGCACGAGAGUUCUUUCAGAUCUGUGAUCUGGAAGGCAAAGGCUUCGUCACUCGUCAAGACAUGCAGAGACUGCAUCCUGAGCUACCUCUUAGCCUGGAAGAACUUGAGAAAGUUUUUGUUACAUUGGAUGCUGAUGGCAAUGGCUCACUUACCCCAAAGGAGUUCAUCACAGGAUUCAGCCAAUUUCUUUUGGAGCAGAUUGCCUUGAAAAAUGACAUGGUGCAACCAUCAGAAGGUGAAACAGCCUGCCCAGUUGGAUAUGAAGAGACCAUGACUGGUGAUGAGGAUGAAGAAUUCCAGUUCUCAAAUCUGAUGGAUCGGCUUGGAGCUACAAAGGUUUUGGAUGAUGAGACUGAUGUGAAACAACUUUGGUUGCAGCUAAGAAAAGAAGAACCUCAUUUACUUUCCAAUUUUGAAGAGUUCCUGGUCAGAAUUUUUUCCCAGCUCCAAGAAGCAGAUAAUGAGAAGAAUGAGCUGGAAUGUGCUCUAAAAAAGAAAAUUGCUGCUUAUGAUGAAGAAAUUCAACAUCUCUAUGAGGAAAUGGAACAGCAAAUCAAAAAGGAGAAAGAGCAGUUUCUCUUGAAAGACACAGAGAGGUUUCAGUCCCACAGUCAAGAGCUGGAGAGCAAGCUGCUGUCAAAAGAACAAGAACUGGAACAGUUGAUUCAGAAACAGAAAAGGUUAGAGCAUCAGUGUACACAACUCCUCAGUGGCAAAGAGGAAACCAAAGUAGAGAACACCAAGCUGAAGCUGACUAACCAGGAGCUGCUUAGAGACCUGGAGAGAACAUCCCAUGAACUAAGCCUGGCUCAACAACAGCUACAGGUGCUUCAGGAGGAGGCAUCAAGGCUCCAUGAGGAGAAGGAAAUGGAGGUGUACCGGGUGACAGAAACCUUACAGAGAGAGAAGUCAGGACUUUUGAAGCAGCUGGAUUUUUUAAGAGAGAGGAACAAACAUCUCAAGGAUGAACGUGACAUAUUUUUGCAGAAAUGCAAAACAACUGUUCCAAAAGCCAGCUGGAAGCAAAGAUCAGGGUCUAUCAUCGGGAAAUACUUAGAGGGCAAGAUGCUGCCUAGCAGCCAUUCAUUUGAAGAAGAUGAUAUUUUCAGUAACUCAAAGGGAAGGAAUUCUGCUGGACUGAAUGGAGUUCUCUCUGAAGAGCCUGAUGCUGGAGUCACUGGAGGAAUGCCUAAAACAUCACAUCUCCAAAGAAUAAUAUCAAUUGAGGAAGAUCACCUACCCCAGCUUCUUGACAGGCUGGUUGAUAAGCAGCUGGGCAGAUGGACUGGAGAAGACGAAAAUACUUUUGAGACAGAAAUGAAUAACAAAGCCAGAGAGCAGUCAGUGGAACACUCAGCAUCAUCUUCUAGAGAGCAGCCUGUAGGGAAGGAAACACUGUCAAAUGAGGAGAGAAUAAGCUCUGUCCCAGACCGGUUAUUCAAGAUCAUUUUUGUGGGCAAUUCAAGUGUUGGAAAGACUUCAUUCUUAAGAAGAUUUUGUGAAGAUCGUUUUUUCCCAGGCACAGCUGCUACUGUAGGUGUGGAUUACAACGUGAGGACUGUCACAGUAGAUCACACCCAGGUAGCACUGCAGCUCUGGGACACAGCUGGCCAGGAACGGUACCGAAGCAUUACCAAGCAGUUUUUCAGAAAAGCUGAUGGUGUCAUUGUGAUGUAUGACAUAACAGCAAAAGACACAUUCACAGCUGUCAAGCAGUGGCUGAUAAGCAUUGAGGAGGCAACUGGGGAGAAUGUGCCUGUUCUUUUGCUGGGUAACAAAACUGAUAACGAGAAGGAGCGCGAGGUCCCGAUGGGAAUGGGAGACCACCUUGCAAAGGAUUACAAUUUGAUUUUCUAUGAAUGCAGUGCAUAUUCUGGGUACAAUGUGGAAAAGUCUGUGCUGCACUUAGCUAGGAUUUUAAAAGAACAUGAAGAUAAAGUGAAAGAGAAAACCAUCGAACUUCAAUCAGAUGCAAACAAAAAGUCAUGCUGUAUGAGGCAAUAAAAUGCUGAGGCGUGUUUAGACAAGUCAUACAUUUAUACAACACUACCUGGCACAAUCAGAUUUGCUUUUAUCUUCCAAAUAUUUCUUCUGCUGUGUUCUGAGUGUAGAUAUAAGUGAAAGUUAAAAUAUGUUCAUGAUCUGAUCCUGGUUUUAUAAAUAUUUUCUUUAGUUAAUUGACAGUGUCUUUGGGGCAGUAACAGUCUUUUAUUCUGUUUGAUGCCUAACACCACUGAAUCCUGCUUUGUCAUCAGGCUUGUAGAAGCUGCCACAUUAUUAAUAAGAUGAAGUAAUUUUAUGGGAAGAAAACUAUUUGGAAUAUGGAGUAAAUUCUUACUGGUGUGAAUGACCCAUCCUCUGAAGACUGCUUAUUUCAUUUCUAUUCAGACCUUUAGAUCCUGACUGUGCUAAGCUCUCUUUACAUUAUUUUAAAAAUUGACACAGGUGUAGCUGGUUGUAGUUCAAAACAUGUUAAGGCUGACUGAACAGCUCAUUGUCUCCAAAAGUCUGUCAUAGAAGGUGUCACAGAAUAUUUUGAAGGUAGAAUUUUCAGAAAUAAUGGAUCUUAUUUUGAGGAAGAAUUUGAAAAACUUACCAGCAUUUAAUGAGGGAAAAAUCUCACUAAAAUCCAGUGAGAUAUUGCUCUUUUAGCAAUGCUAAGAAAAAAUCCCUUCUCAUGUAGCUAAACACGACUGAAUUUUCGAAAGCAGCUGCCACACAACAUUCCUCCAGGGCCUGAUAGCAGAGAGACACAGUUUACCCAUGGGGAUGUGUUUUAGAAAAUCAUGGCCCACCCCGGAUCAUAAGAAACGCAGAUGUCAAUUAUCUUUUGAAGCUUUUGUGGAAUAUAAAUGGAAAUAAGAAACUUGAGAGUGCGUCACCCAGCCACCACAUGAUCAACAAUUAUUCCUGGUGGAAUAUGUCUUCACUGCAUCUCUAUAUUGUGAUCAAGACUGAAGUUCACUGAUGAAAAAGUGCCUGUACACCACUCCUAUGACUUGCAGUACUCUCUUUCUCCCACUCUGCCCUACAACUCUCCCCAGGAUCAAGCAGCAAAAAAGGUUUAAUGAAAAGACUGGAUGUCCUUCAGCUGUGGGGCACAAGGCUCAUUCAGAUAAAUUCUGACCAGCAGCUUGCCUGCAUACCACUGGUCCCUUUUAUUCUACCUUCUCUUGAUUUUUUCCAUGCUUAUUCUUCUUCCAUUUACCCUGACUUCUUCUCUCUGUCCUUCAUAGACCAAGGAAACAUCUUGUCCCUAGGUGCCUUUUCCCUGUUAGUCCCAGGUUUUCUACAUUGUACUCACAUACCUAUUUUUUCCACCAUUGUCUAAGUCACCUUGACUUCACGUCCCUUUAUUGAUAUAGUUACUGCAGUGCUGCUGCCCUUGCAAGUUUCCACUCCUAAUAGAAUCCCAACUAUUCCCCUCCAAUUAUUUGUGAAAUUACUGUGUAACUCCCCCUUAUCCACCUGGGAAGUCCAGGCAUUGCUCACAGCACUGUCUGUAACAACUUUCAGCUUCUCACUCUGUUAUUUGCAGUGUUCAGGGUUGCUUGUGUCAUGUCCAGGGUUUCUCAUGGUCUGCUUGGUUAUCUAAACCUCAGGGCAGGGCUUACUCACCUGUUGGCACACCUGAACAAACAGCAGUUACUGGUGGAUUCGUGCUCACUGAAGACAGGUAUGAAUAACAUGGAUAGAUUCUGCUCUCCAGCUGGCCAUCAAACUGGAGCGGGAAUUGUCAGGUCCCAUGUUCCUUGGUGCUAACUCUGUUGCAGAGUUGCUGUCUUUUGACUCUGUACCAGGGUUUCAUAAGUCCUGGCAGUAUUCUUCUCAUCUCUUCAGAAGUUAAUACUGGCUUAACAGUAGUGAAGCUACCUUUUCCUCUUUUUUUUUUUUUUUUUUUUUCCAUUUCAAUUCUAUAUUGGGAGAAAUUUCUCUCUGCCUGGUCAGGUACCCAAUACUGGCAGAUCUUUGGAUAUGCACAACACAAAGUCCAGUUGCAUGGCUAUUACAGAGUGCUCCCAACACUUCGGAACAACUGGAUGUCCAUGAAUUACUGUGUGCCAGUCAAAACAGGUUCCAGCCUGCCCAGAUGUGAAUGGAGCAACAGUGGAAAAAGUCUAACUUCUCAAGAGAAGUGUACAGCACUUCCUCAUAUACCAGAUUUAAGGAGUAAUCUGCAGCUGUUAAAAUGGGAAUGCUUCACACACAAGGAAUAUGUGAGGAACAGACCACACUGAAGCAAGUUUGCCUCUGAAAGAACUGCAGUCAGUGGUCACACCCCAUGGAGGAGCAGGGACAAACGAGGAACAGGUCAACAGCAAGCAUUGGGAUUGAAUGGCUGAAACCAUAUCACUUGGCGUGGCAGAAAGCAUUACACACAGCCCCACAACUUCCUCUGCUGCCUGUUGGCUUCCUGGACAAAUUCUGACAGGGCUGUGUUGUACUGGAGAUGCUGGUGGUUCAUUUGCGUGAACGGGAAAUGGCUGGACACAAAGCACAGAACUGAGCUGCAAAAGAGGACAUUCUGUUUUCCACAUGAAGAUUUAGGGGUCAGCUCAGGCUUGAUCUUGCUGAUUGCUGUGCUUCUAAAAGACCACACUUGAUGAUUCAGAGGAAUGACUUGGAUUGUAGCCCAAACCUGUGUGAUGUCUGAAGAAGGAAGGAGAUUCCAGGACCUCUCUAGCCAAUCUGUUCUGGUGCUUGGUCAUCUUCACAUUAAAGCUCUUCCUCAUGGAAUCAUAGAAUAUCCUGAAGUGGAAGGAACCCAUAAGGAUCAUGGAGUCCAACGUUUCACCCUGCAGAGCACAGCCCAAGAGUCACACUAUUUGCCUGAGAGUGUCGUCCAAUCACUUCUUGAACUCUCUCAGGCUUCGUGCUGUGACCAUUUCCUUGGAGAAAGGAAAUGGCACUAUUCAAGUGCCCAGCCAACCUCUGAGGGAAAAACCUUUUCCUGGUAUCCAACCUAAACCUCCCCUGACUCAGCUUCAUGCUGUUUCCUCAAGUUCUGCCACUGGCUGCAAGGAUGCAAAGGUCAGUACUUUCUGCUCUGCUUCUCCUUGUGAGUAUGCUAAAGACCGCAAUGAGGUGUCCUUUCAAUCUCCUCCAGGCUGAACAAAUCAAGUGACAGGCUCAUGUGGAACUUCCUGUGCAUCUUGUCCUAUUGGUUGGCACCACUGAGAAGAGUCUGGACUCAUUCUCUUGGCACCCUCCCUUAAGGUACUUACAGACAUUGAUAAGGACCCCUCUCAGUCUCCUUUUCUUGAGGCUGAACAGGCCCAGCUCCCUCAGCCUUUACUCCUAAGAGAGAGGCUCCAGUCCCUCAGUCAUCCUCAUUCCCCUCUGCUGGACAUACUCCAGGAUCUCCAUGUCUCUCUUGGACUUUGAAGCCCAGAAGUGAACACACCAGGACUGAGUGGAGGGGCAGGUUCACCUCCUUCAGCCUGUUGACAAUGCUCUAUCUAAUGCACCCCAGGACACCACUGGCCUUUUUGGCCACCAGGACACACUGCUGGCUCAUGAACAGCUUCUUGUCCACCAGGACCCCCAGGUCCUUCUCUGAAAAGCUGCUUCCCAGCAGGUCAGACCUGUACUUUCUAAUCUUCCUAAAGCAGGGAUUUAUUCUUCAUUAUAUACAUAGAAU